AUGGCUCCCCCCUCCGCCGUGGCUCCCCCCGCCGCCGUGGCUCCCCCCGCCGCCGCCGUGGCUUCCCCCGCCGCCGUGGCUCCCCCCUCCGCCGUGGCUCCCCCCUCCGCCGUGGCUCCCCCCGCCGCCGUGGCUCCCCCCGCCGCCGUGGCUCCCCCCGCCGCCGUGGCUCCCCCCUCCGCCGUGGCUCCCCCCGCCGCCGUGGCUCCCCCCUCCGCCGUGGCUCCCCCCUCCGCCGUGGCUGCCCCCGCCGCCGUGGCUCCCGCCGCCGCCGUGGCUCCCCCCGCCGCCGUGGCCUCCGCCUCCGCUGUGGCCUCCGCCUCCCCCAUGACUUCCGCCUCCGCCGUGACCUCCGCCUCCGCCGUGUCCCUGAGUCUGCGAUGUCCGCUGGUAAGACAAGCUGCGAUUGAGAAGCGACAAUGGUUGCUAGUCAGAGAGCGGUAG